AUGCAACGUUGGAGCUCCGUAUGGGAUGACUGCGUCGUUGUUUGCUUUUUCUGCUCCUAUGUCAGUUUUGAGUCGACUCAAAACAAGGUAGCCAAGACCAGCACAGGGACUAUCAUGCAACGUUGGAGCUCCGUAUGCUGCUCUGUGUCUCUCUCCCUCUCCUGCUCUCUGCUCUGUGUCUCUCUCCCUCUCCUGCUCGCUGGUCCGUCUCUCUCUCCCUCUCCUGCUCGCUGCUCCGUGUCUCCCCUUCUCUCCUGCUCGUUGCUCCGUUUCUCUCUCCCUCUCCUGCUCGCUGCUCCGUCUCUCUCUCCCUCUGCUGCUCGCCACUACGUGUCUCUCUCCCUCUCCUGCUCGCUACUCUGUGUCUCUCUCCUCUCGUGCCAGCCGCUCCGUCUCCCUCCCUCUCCUGCUUGCUGCUCCGUCUCUCUCUCCCUCUCCUGCUCGCUGCUCUGUGUCUCUCUCCCUCACAUGCUAGCCGCUCCGUUUCUCCCUCCCUCUCCUGCUCGCUGCUCAGUCUCUAACUCCAUCUCCUACUCGUAUCCCAACAAGCCCAAGAGCGACAAGGCCACGGUGCUGGGGGACAGCCUAUCAGCGCUGAGAGAGCUGCGCUCCACCGUGGCUGCACUGAGGGCGGAGCACCGCAUGCUGUCAGGGGAAGCCAAGGAGCUGUCAGCGGAGAAGCAGGAGGUGAGGCAGGAGCGGCAGCUGCUGCGCAUGGAGGUGGAGGCGCUGCAGGCGCAGCUGCAGAUGCGCAUGCACGCCAUUCUGCCCUGGCUCCCCCCCUCCGCCCUCCCCUCCUUCCCCUUCCCCUCCUCCUCCUCCUCCCCUUCCUCCUCUUUCCCCUCCACUGCCACCCUCUCUGCUCUUGCCGCCUCCCUCCGCCCUCCCAACAGGGCAGCACACUCUUCUGCUGCUGCUGCUGCCUCUGCUGCUGCCUCUGCUGCUCCUUCUGCUUCUGCUGCUGCUGUUGCUGUUGCUGCUGCUGCUGCUGCUCCCUACGCAGCACUUCAUCCUGCUGCUGCCACGGCUGCUCCUAACGGGGCAGCACACCCUUUUUCUCCUGCCAGCGCGGGAGCGACACAUGCCGCUGCUGCCCUCCCUGCUCUUCCCUUCGCCGUCCCCUCUGCUCCCCCUCCCACCGCCCUCUCUAACCCCCCCUCUGCCUCCCCUGCUACUGCUCCCCCUAAUGUUCCCGCCACGCUACUCGGAGCCGCAGCACUCGUGACCACACAAGUCGGAGCAGCACCACCCUUGUCCACGCCACUCUUGGCCCUACCACCCGGAAUGCACCUCUGUGCUAACUCGUCACUGGCAGCAGCACCGUCUGUGGCAGCAACACCCACCGCACAUUUCCGGGUGUCAGCAUCUGCCACACAUGCGCAGCCGGCACCACCUCUUACACACUCCCAGACGCCACCACCUGUGUCACUCCCCCGAGCAUUACCACCCACAGGGAAGGACCUGACACUGUCCCUGGGCGGUGCAGCCUUCAGUAGUGCUCGCAACAGCAGCAGCAGCACCACGCUGCAGCAGGCACAGCCCGGACGCAGUCUUGUGGGGCCAGCAGCAGCAGGUGAAAGCAGCACGUUGGGCAAGUCAGCAGGGGACCAGGGAAUACAUGGGCCAAUAGCAGCGGAGCGAAUACAUGGGCCAAUAGCAGCGGAGCAGGGAAUACAUGGGCCAAUAGCAGCGGAGCAGGGGAUGCAGGGGGCAGCAGGCGAGCAGGGGAUUGAGAGGCCAGCAGAAGGCCAGCAAGGGACGCAGGCGGGAGCAGCAGCAGCAGCAGCGGAUGAUGAUAGCGUGCUGAGGCAUGCUACGAAUGGAAGCACACAGCCAGGGGCAGCAGGAGACAGGCAGGAAAUGCAGAGGAUACCAGAAGACCAGCAGGGGAAGCAGGCGACAGCAGCAGCAGACAACGAUAGCGUGCUGCGGAAUGUAUUGAACGGAAGCAUGCAGCAGGGGGCAGCAGGAGCUGCAGACGAGAAGGGCGCGGUUGAGAACUCUCAGGAAGGCCUUAUACCAAAAGCGGUGGGUUCGAGUGUGAGUGACUGUCAAGAACCCCUCUUACCACAACACGUAGACUCUCGAGAACCUUUCAGGUUGGAAUCGGUGGUGGAGCAUAAAUGGGCCGUGAAUGGUCGGGAGGAGGGUGCAGCGCGAUUAGUUUUUGCUAAGUCUCCCAAAUUAGCUGAGGAGGGGGGCAGACGGGAGGGGUGGAUGAAUGGUUCUCCCCUCAAGGAGUGUGGGCAGGAGCAGCUGGGGAAUGUCAAUGAGGAGGAGGGGGAGGAGAAGGAGGAAGGAGGUGGUGGUAGGGGUGAUCAAACAGGGGAUGAGAUGGGGACGGCAGAGGAGGUGGGGGAGCAGAGCAGGAAGCGCAACUGGCUUUCGCUGUUCUGA